UGACCCCCACAAACUAGAAGUCCUAUUGGCCCUCGCCGAUGGUAACGCUGAUGGAAAGAUCUGUUACCAGGACUUUGUCAACCUGAUGAGUAACAAACGCUCCAACAGUUUCCGGAGGGCCAUUCUCCAGGGCAGCAGGCAGCUUAAAGGCUGCAGUCUCAGAGAUGAGGUUGGUUUGGGACUGUCCCAACGACUAGUCCGACAUGUCGCCUAUGAGACACUGCCCCGCGAGGUCGACCGCAAGUGGUACUUUGACAGCUACACUUAUUGCCCCCCACCCUGGCUCAUCCUGGCUAUCACCAUUGCAGAGGUUGCUGUUUUCAUGUACUAUGGCUGCCACCUGGACCGCUUGGUCCUGCAGGUGUCCAGUCCAUCAUUCCUCAAGAGUCCCCUGCCUUACCACCCACAGCUCCGGGCCCAGGCCUGGAGGUACCUCACCUACAUUUUCAUGCACACUGGGAUUGAACACUUGAGCCUGAACAUGGCCAUGCAGCUUCUGGUUGGAGUCCCUCUCGAAAUGGUCCAUGGAGCCCUGAGGAUCGGACUAGUCUAUGUGUGUGGUGUGCUGGCAGGGUCUCUGGCAGUGUCUGUCACUGAUAUGACGGCUCCUGUGGUUGGGUCAUCUGGGGGAGUGUAUGCCCUGGUCUCAGCACACUUGGCCAACGUAGUGAUGAAUUGGUCGGGAAUGAAGUGUCAGUUUAAGUUAUUCCGGAUGGCCAUGGCUCUGGUUUGCAUGAGUGUAGAGUUUGGUCGGGCAGUGUGGCUACGGUUCUACCCUCCAGCCUUCCCUCCGUGCCCCAACCCCAGCUUUGUAGCACACCUGGGAGGGGUCGUGGUGGGUCUGACGCUCGGUGUGGUGAUCCUACAGAACUACGAGCAGCGACUCCAGGAGCAGUCCCUGUUUUGGAUCUUUUUCUGUGUCUACACCUUGUUUGUGCUCUGCGCUGUCUUCUGGAACAUCUUCGCUUACAACUUGCUCGACGUGAGACUGCCCCCGCCACCAUGACGUGGUUAUUAGAGGCAGACACAACAUUGUAUUUCCUUUUUUCCUCCAUUGGUAAAUGCUUGACCACCUGGCUGGAUGAGUCCCCUCACCCUUUAUAUUCAGAGCCCUAUUGUGGGGUGAGGAGAAUCAUCUGACAGUCACUUUAUCCUUUCUGAUGCAGGGAUGGGUACCUGACAUGCAACAGCCUCCUCUGUUGGUGUCCAUACACUUGCUGCCUUUUUGGGAUAAGCUUUACCAUCGUUCCUGCUUACCAUACAAACUAACCCCAUCUGCUCUUUGUCUUUGUCUCUGUUGGACGUCUGGCUCAAGAGUGUCAGCCAGUGGGGCUUUUGUUGACAACACUGAGUUGACAAACAAGAAGCCUUGGAUCUAAUACAACAGGAACAAGCAGGAACAGUCUUGUCCACAUGGCUUAACCUUCUCUGCCUCUUCAUCCUCGACCCAACGGUGCCUACUCAUGGAGACAUCAGCCUGAUGAAAGUAUAUCUGCACAGUUGCCUCUUGUGUAGGGUGACAGCAGCAAAACCCUGCAGUAUAAAC